AUGAAGGUGCUCCUGGUCGCUGUCUCCCUCAUCAUCGCCUUUGCCCUCAGGGCCGAGGGUGAAUCCUCAUCACGAGGACCUUACCACCCUGCUGAGUGCUGCUUCUCCUACACUAACCAUGCCAUCCCACAUCUCCGGAUUACAGAUUACUAUGAGACCAGCAGCCAGUGCCCCAAGCCCGGAGUUGUCUUCAUCACCAAAAAGGGCCAUUCCAUCUGUGCCAACCCCAGUGAUGAUUGGGUCCAGGACUCCAUCAGGGACCUGGAAGAAAACUGA